AUGUCAUAUAACCAACUACAAACUAACGUUUCACCUCAAGAACUAGACUUUUUGAUAAAUGAGUUAAGAAAUCCAAAAUCAUCAACUACGCUAUAUAAGAUACUUGGUUACUUAUACAAUUACUUACCAUAUGUCAAACAAGAAUAUAAUUUACGAGUGAUCAUUGCAAGUUUUUUAAAUUACCUUCAAAUCUCCGACUUUAAUAGUCUUUAUCCAAUAAUUGAAGUAUUCAAAUUAAUAUUUGAUAAGAAAAUCAAAAUUUCUCAACCUACCUUACCUGUUAAACAAUUUUAUAAAAUUUUUAUUAAUGAAUUGAAAAAUUUUCAAGCUUAUGAUGUUAGAAAUAGUUGGAAAGUUUUACCUAUAAUUAGUGGAAUUUCAUUAUCGAAAAACCUUUUAGAAGAAUUAUAUGGAUAUAAAUUUGAUCUUGAUGGGUUAUUCAAAACUGCAUUUGCUCAUAGUUUAAUUUCAAAAGACAUUAUAUAUUUAAGUUUAAUAAGUUUAGCAUUGAUGAAGUUGGAGGUUAAAAGUACACCAUUUCUAGUUUAUGCAUUAGUUGAAAUGAUUUUUAUUGAUCCUCAAGUUUCUGUUAGAAAUUUUGAUACGCAAAAUCCAGUUGUCAAACAUAUAAAUAGAUUAUCAUUUUUAUUGGGAUAUUUAUUGGAAAAACUGAAUGAUGAAGUGAUUUUAGAAACUUUAAAUAAAAUUACAGAAUUUAAUUCACAUUUACAUGAAGGAGAUGAGUUAUUUUUAAAAGGUUUAUUAUUUUCAGAAAUUAUCAUAUUUCAAGGUGUUUUAGGUAGAUGUAGUAAAGAAAUUGCGUUAAAGAUUAUUCCAAACUUGUAUUAUCUCAAUUUUAUACUUUUAUCAAUUGGACAAGGUGGUUUUGAUAAUUAUAAUUUUGUUUAUUAUCUAACAAUUGAAUUGGCAUUAUCAACCGGUUUAUAUUUCCAAAAACAAACAUUGUAUUUAAUUUCAGCUGUAAAUAUGCAUCCAGAUGUAUUAAAUAAUGAUAAAUUGAUGGAAUCAAGAGUAUUAUUUGUUUUAGGAUUAUGGGAAAAUUAUUUUCAACUGGAACAUCAAAAUCUACAAUUUUCAAAUGAAAUUUAUAAUAUUUGCAUAAAUCUAGUAGACGACAAAAAAUAUACUAGUGCUGAUUUAAUUGAAGCUUCACAUUCAGUUUUAUUGUUAUAUUUUUCACAUACAGAUGCCAGUUUACCAGAUUGUAUAAAAUAUAUUAAAUUAUUAAUUAGUCAAUUUCCAAGCAAAUUAUCAUCAACACAAUUAAAUAUAGCCAUAGAGACUAUUGGAAAACGAUUACUUUCUAGAGGUGGUGCUGAAUUUUAUACAUAUUUAACUAAUAAAGUUGUUGAAAUGCCUUCAAUUCCAUUAAAUUCAAAUGAAAAUACCAAUUUUACAUCUGCUCAACCAAUUGCAGAAAUUGAAGCCCAUGCAACUUUAAACACAUUAGAACAAGGGAAAAGAAUAAAUAAGGAUAUUAUUCAUGAAAGUAAAGCAAAGAAACCCAAAGAUCAAGUUGUUAGAGAUUUAUUCCCUAGAUUUAAAAAGGAGUAUAAAUUUGAAAAUAGAUUAAUACCAGAUACUACAAGAGAAGCUUUAAUAUUAUCAGUUAUUAAUUUGGUACCUUAUUUUCCAUUGUCAAAAUUCUUACCUUGGUUAAAUCAUCUUUGGACAUUAAUUAUGGCUUGUGAACCAACUGAAUCUACUUAUUUAAUUAAUAUGUUGUGGAAAAUUUUGAGUGAUAGUUUAGAUUUGAAUAGAGUUGAAUUGGCUAUGAGGUGGUGGUAUCAAGAAAAAGAAAUUCCAUCAAAAUUUUAG